CCUUCUCUCUCUCUCUCUCUCUCUCUCUCUCCACUUCGCUCGUCUUCUCCGCUCUCUGCAUGCAUUCCACCCGAACGUCUUCUUCCAUCGACCGAUAGUCACCGAAUCGGUGAGCCUCCGAUCUCAAUCUCAGCCUCCGCCGCCAUGGAAGUCGGCUCCAUCUCCUCCGCCCCUCGCUCCGUCGAAGAGAUCUAUAAGGACUACAGCGGCCGCCGCGCCGGCAUCAUCCGUGCCCUCACCAACGAUGUCGAUGAGUUCUACGCCCAAUGCGAUCCGGAGAAGGAGAACUUGUGCUUGUACGGUCACCCCAACGACUCGUGGGAGGUGAACCUCCCGGCGGAGGAGGUGCCGCCGGAGCUGCCGGAGCCGGCCCUAGGGAUCAAUUUCGCGAGGGAUGGAAUGGAACGAAGGGACUGGCUCUCGCUCAUCGCCGUGCACAGCGAUUCCUGGCUCUUGUCUGUUGCUUUCUAUCUUGGGGCGCGCCUCAACCGCAACGAGAGGAAACGCUUGUUUAGCAUGAUCAAUGAGCUUCCAUCUGUCUUCGAAGUGGUUUCAGACAGGAGACAAUCAAGAGAGAAGUCUAGCAUGGACAGUGGAAGCAAAUCUAAAACGGCAACCAAGCGCACCAGUGAUGGCCAGAUAAAAAGCAACUCGAAAACAGCUGAUGAGGGUUACGGUGAAGACGACGACGAACACAGCGAAACACUCUGUGGAGCUUGUGGUGGAAGCUACAGUGCGGAUGAGUUUUGGAUUGCAUGUGAUGUAUGUGAAAGGUGGUUCCAUGGCAAGUGCGUGAAGAUAACUCCUGCAAAAGCUGAGAGCAUAAAGCAAUACAAGUGCCCGAGUUGCAGUUCAAAGAAAGGAAGGCAGUAAGAACUACUGCCAGCACUCCUCCUCCAAUGGCAAAACCAAAGAGUUAAGUCCUUGAAACUUGGUUUCUCGAUAACUGCUAGUGGUAGGGCCUAUGCAAAUGCUACCUUCAUCUGAAACAGAAUUCGACUAUGGUCCGAGAAAUCCAUAUUUACAUUUAUGACUCCAUGCUUGUCUACUCUGUUGCUGUAGUUAAUUAGUCAAGCACUCAUCGAUCCUUCUUUUAUUUUAUACUUCCAUCUGACAAAGUGUGUUAGUCUAACUGCAUUGAACUUUGUGUAUCAUGCUCUAUCAAACUGGUUAGUAAUUAA